ACGCUCAGAAAAUCAGUGGGGGAAGUGAUAUGUAAGAGCAAAAAUGCUGAGACGGAAGCCAACCAAGAUCGAACUCAAAAUCGAAGACAAAGAAGAACUCGAAGAAGCUCGUCAGCGCGCCGCCGUCAUAACCACAACCACCACCGCCUCCUCCACCGUCCUCAGCCACCUCGACCGCUCCAAAGACCCCUCCACCAAAACGCACCGCAUCAUCGGAAAUUAAAAAAUGUCUCACCCCAUCUCCAAAGCCCUAAUGGAGGUCGAGGUCAAGCUGAGGCUGCCGGACGCCGCCGCCCACGGUCAGGUCACCGCUCUUCUAGCGCCGUUCCACCUCGGCACCCACCGCCAGGAGAAUCUCUUCUUCGACGGCUCGAAAUCCGAGCUCUCGGCGCGGCGGGCCGCGCUCCGGCUACGCUUCUCCGACCGGAGCCCUCUCUGCGCCGUGACGCUGAAGGCGAAUGCGGUGCUGGUCGACGGCGUCAGCCGAGUGGAGGAGGACGAGGAGGAGCUGGACCCGGCGGUGGGGCGGGCGUGCGCCGCCGAGCCGGAGAAGAUGAUGGCGGCGGAGUCUAGGGUUUUGAGGAGGGUGAGGGAGGAGUUUGGGGUUCUAGGGUUUGUGGGGAUGGGAGGGUUUGGGAAUGUGAGGGAUGUGUAUGAUUGGAAAGGGUUGAAAUUGGAGGUGGAUGAGACCAAGUAUGAGUUUGGGACUUGUUAUGAGAUUGAGUGUGAGAGUGCUGAUCCUGAUGGAGCCAAGGAGAAGCUUGAGGAGUUCUUGAAGGAAAAUGGGGUGAGGUAUUCGUACUCCAAAGUGUCCAAGUUUGCGACUUUUCGAGCUGGGAAGCUGCCUUAGGGAUUUAAUGUGGUGAACUUUCUGAUAUAAUUGUCUACGUUUUAAUGCUUCUUCUACAAUGUCGGUUUUGUGAAGAACUUGGAUUGUAUGAAGUUUUUAUAUAGUGCGAUUUGGUUGAAUAAAGUUUUUAGAUUUGGUGCAUUGUGUGGUAGGAUUAUUAUGUGUUUGAAUGGUUACUGUUUUUAAGGCAUGUUGUUUUAGUGAUCGUGUUCGAAUGAAUGAAGUUUCUAGA